AUGCCUGAACAGAGGCAACGCAGACAGGAGCCAGAGGCCAGAUCUGGCUCUGGCUUCAAGGGCGCCCUCCAGGGCCUCGGAAUCUUCCUGAUUAUGCAAUUUGUGAUGACCCAAUUCUUCAGCAAGAAGGAUGCCUCUCCAAGCUCUGCGCCGGGUGGCAUGCCUACCUUCGCGGAUCGUCCCCACCCCAGCGAAGUGGCCGAUUACAGCCCCAUCCCGGAACUCAUCGCUCCUAUCUGGCCGUCUGACACCUCCGUCGAUAUCAGCAUCUAUGUUUCUCCCUCAAUCGUGGUUCCCUCGUUCAAGUCAUCGGACAGCGUUCUCGUGCUGCAGGAGAAGAACUUCACCAUCGGCAAUUACAGCGACACCCGUGAAAUCGACACCACCAUCAAGGUUCCGAAGCAGGUCCAGAACAAUGGAACUCUGUUUGCGCACUUCUUCCUCGCUCGUACUGGACACCAGCUCGACCCGGCUGCCAAGGACUACAACACCGCGGACGCCGUGCACUUCCUGCGCCCUCUGAAUCAGUAUCUUCCCAAAAAGAAGGCCAAGAAGCUCAAGAACCUCUUGGCCACUUCCGAGGGAGAGGAGGAGGAAGAGGAUAACACCCCGAAAGUGUGGACUGCUUCCUACUACCACCCCAACUUCACUCUUUCCAUGAUCCCAGACUCUGGUUCUCAACGGUUUAGCCAGUUGCACCCUGCGGUUCGUCAGUAUGUCCAGCUGGAACGUACUGGUGCCCGUGAUAUCACCGGAAAGAAUGGCUGGUACUAUCCAAUCGCGUUCCUGAACACUUUCUGGCAGCUGAAGACUCACAUGACGGAACUCAACUCCACUGUUGAGACCGUGCCCCUGCGCAUUACCCUCAACAACAUGGCAAACUGGAAGUUCAGCAUCCUUACCAGCGUCGACGAAGGCUCUAAGCAUAGCUCUCGCCAGGCUGCGUAUGGUGGACCUGUUCCUGGUGGUGGUGAUGGCAACGAGUGGGAAAUGGUCAAGGAGAUUCUGUUGGACACCAACAUUUACCUCCUCGGUACCACUGGUGUGGUCACCAUUUUGCACAUGAUCUUCGAGACCCUGGCAUUCAAGAGCGAUAUCUCCCACUGGCGUAAGAAGAAGGACGUCGUCGGUACCUCAGUCCGCACAAUCAUGGCAAACGUCUUCAUGCAACUUAUCAUCUUCCUCUAUCUCAUGGACAACAGCGACAACACUUCAUGGAUGAUUCUUGCCAGUCAGGGCUUCGGUAUUCUCCUGGAGUUCUGGAAGAUUACCAAGACGGUUGACGUCCGCCUGCGUCGUCCCCCUGCGGGCUCCUUCUUCUGGUUCCUGCCCUAUGUCAUUGUCUUCGAGGACAAACACAAGCUUUCCGAGACUGAGCAGCAGACCAAGGAGUAUGAUGAGAUUGCGUUCCGCUACCUUUAUGUCGUUGCGGUGCCGCUGCUCCUCGCAUAUGCUGGAUACAGCUUGAUGUACAACACUCACAAGUCGUGGUACUCUUAUAUCAUCCAGACUCUCGUCGGCAGUGUUUACGCCUACGGAUUUCUCAUGAUGGUUCCCAGCUUGUAUAUCAACUACCGCUUGAAGUCUGUCGCCCACAUGCCCGGCAAAGCGAUGGCAUACAAGUUCCUUAACACUUUCAUCGACGAUCUCUUCGCGUUCACUGUCAAGAUGCCUUGGUUGCACCGCCUCGCUACCCUUCGUGACGACGUCAUCUUCUUUAUCUGGCUAUACCAGAGGGGUGACAGCGAUGAGGAGAAGGAAGAAGAGACGCCUGCCGUUGAAGGCGAAAAGACGCAGGAGACUGCUGCUAAGACUUCUGGCAAGGACAACUCCGACAAGGCUUCCACUCGCAAGAGAAAGUAG